AUGCCCGGGUUCAAUGUAAAGUUGAACUGCCAGCCCGAUCGAAAUGUGAUCCAAAACUGGUAUCACGGCUUUCCCAAUGCAUUGGAUGACAAUGAGUUACAAGAAAGCUACUUGAACGACUUAGUGACUCACCGAGAAGUUCUGAUGAUGCGAGUGGUUAACACCAUUACUGAUAAGCCACAAUGGGACCAGAAGGUCUUUGAUAAGAAUAUCACGACGAAAUGGCGUGACGAGAUUGCCCAAAGUGGUCAAGAUGUGACUCCUAAGAUGAUGGAUUGGAUCAUUGAAGAGCUUCAAUGGAAAGCUAACAUCCUUAAAGAGACGGGCCACGUCUGCGUUUUUGAUGUGGGUGUGAUCAAGUCCGAUACCGCCGUGUCGAAAGAGUUACAACAGUCACUUAAAGAGGCUGUGAAACCUCUCGAGGAUAUGCCGGAGAAAGAUUACCACCCCGGUUCUGAUAAUAAAGUGGUUGAUCUGGUGCAUCCCUCACUGUUCCCUGUGAUCUACGGACAAACUCGCGUUCUUCCGGACAGAGUUAUUGGGCUUGAUGACUGUCUGGGAAGCGUGGGACAAGGAGAUCUCGUACCCGUUCCUUCGAGUCAAAAUUGUGGACCCAUUUUGAAUAGCCGACACCAUUAUCACAGUGAAGAACAAAUAUGUGUCUUCAGCGAUAAGUUUCAAUGGCUCCCGUGCGAUGUGGAAAUUAUCGAUGACGCCAGAUGUCGAAUCGUGUCAUACAUCAAUAACGCCCACCCAGUUCACCAUAAGCCUCUCUACGAGGUUGUUGAGAAAAUCAUCGCUCAGGCAAUCCCCCUCUGGAACCGCAGUCUGUCUGUAAUCCUCGAACCAAGAAUGGAGUACACCAAUGUCGAAUAUGGCGAGCAUCCAGAACCUGAGCCUGUUCAGCCGGAGGGGGAUGAUCAUGACGAAGAUGAGUUUUGGGAACUCCAUGAGCAGUGGGAAAGUACCCGUCCUAUUAUUCCUCCCGAGCCAGGCAGCUUUCAACCUCGAAAAGAAAUCUUUAGUGCUAAUCUACGAGAGCAAUUUCCCGGCAAGAAGCUGCAAAUCAUCGUGAAACUGGCGAACAUUACAUUGAGCCCGGACAACCCGGAGUAUGAAGGAGGCUCUUGGCACAUUGAGGGACAGUUGAACGAGCGCAUCUGCGCUACUGCAAUCUACUACUAUGACAGCGAAAACAUAACCGACAACUCCUUGGCAUUUCGUCAACGCGGUAUGAAGUAUAUGCUAGAGAUUGGAUACGAACAAGGGCAGUUCGAAUUCUUACAGGCCGUCUUUGGCUUUGACGACCAGGUCAACGGUAGCGGGAAUAAUCGCGAUAUCACACAAGAUCUUGGAGCUGUCGCUUGCAAAGAAGGUCGGCUACUCACCUUCCCGAACACCGUCCAGCACCGGGUUUCCCCAUUCUCGCUGGUCGACCCGUCUAAGCCCGGCCAUCGGAAGAUUCUCGCGCUAUUUCUAGUUGAUCCCCAUCGUCGGAUUAUCUCCUCGGCCAAUGUGCCCCCGCAGCAGGAGGAUUGGGGUUACGAGAGACAGGAUGCUGUGAAUCAGGCUUUAGCAAGUCUACCAGCAGAGCUACGGGAUAUCGUUCAAGAUGACUUGGACCCUGUUAUGACCAUGGAGAAGGCCAAAGAGUAUCGAUUGGAGCUCAUGAAAGAGCGCGGGCACAGAUCGGGAAAACACAAUCAGCAUUUCGAGACCGGUGACUUCAAUCUGUGUGAGCAUUAA